GGAAGGAAAUGAGGGGAGGGAAGGGGAAGGGGGAAGAGAGAAAAACGAGAGAGGGGGGCUGGUGGAUGUAGCUCUAGCUGUGGGCCGGGGGUGAGCUACCUAGCCCGGGCUGCUCUGCCGAAACAUCCAUGGGUGGCUGUGUGGGGAGCCACCACGACUCUUCGGGCAGCUUAAACGAGAACUCAGACGGCACUGGAGUGGCUUUAGGGCGUAACCAGCCCCUGAAGAGAGAGCGGCCUAAAUGGAAAAGUGACUACCCGAUGACUGAAGGCCAGCUGCGCAGCAAGAGAGAUGAGUUCUGGGAUACGGCGCCAGCAUUCGAGGGACGGAAAGAAAUCUGGGAUGCUCUGCGGGCUGCGGCCAGUGCCUUUGAGAGCAAUGACCACCUUCUGGCUCAAGCUAUCCUUGACGGAGCCAGCAUCACACUUCCGCAUGGAGCUCUGACUGAAUGUUACGAUGAACUGGGGAAUCGAUACCAGCUGCCAGUCUAAUGCCUCCCUCCUCCCGUCAAGCACUCUGAUGAGCCUGACGCUUCAGACCCAGACUCCGCUGCCGCAGACCCAUCCUCAGGCAGCGGCAGUGACCCCAGCUCAGGAGGGGAGUGCCAACUUCGGCUGAGACUCUCCACAGGUCGCGACCUCCAGCUGGCAGUCCGCUCCAUGGACACAGUGGGCAUGAUGAAGCGUCGUCUACAAAAUCAGGAGGGGGUGCCUGCUGCGACCCAGCGCUGGUUUUUCUCAGGUCGGCCACUGACAGACAGACUCCACUUGGACCAACUCAACAUCUCCAGGGACUAUGUAGUGCAGGUCAUCCUCAGUCAGCCACCACCACCAGAGCCAGUAACAGCAGGACAUACAGCAGAGGCCUCUGGGCCAGAGGAAGCAGUGGCUGCACUGCCACAAGAACCCACGCCGGCGGAGAAUUAACUCUCCCCAGCCUGGCAGCCUGGAGUGGACUGGCAGUAUAAAAGGAGGAGGAUAACAAGGGAGAAACUCAACUCAACUCUUCUCUUCUCUUCUCGACUCUUCUCUUCUCUUCCCUUGCUUUUGCUGAGAAGGGCUUUGUUUGGGCAGACGUUAGUUGUCUGCUGGAGCAAAAGAACUCUUGAAGUGAGAAAAGACUCUUUGGUUUUACACAUUGAAAUUUGGACCUUUUUUGAAGUCUUUUUUUAUCUGUUCCUAUGGAAACCGAACAACAAGAAGAGAACUUUGUCAGAUGGUUUAAAGGUUCAGUUGUUUUUGUGCUUCAUUUUCCAUUUAAGUUCUGCUCUCUGGCAAAGCUGGGCCAGCAGAGUUCUGUUUAUGAGACUACAGGGUUAUACAUUUUCAUUACAGUUCAGUAGAUAGUUUAACACUCAUGACAGUUAUUCAGGCAACUUCUCUUAAUCAUGCAUCCCUCACACCAAGGACAUCAGCUGGGGAUUAAGUCUGUAUGCUAACAGCUAUAAAGAACUGUAUUCUCAUGGUAGUUCUAGUUAGCAAACAGAUGUGUCCACCUUCUUGAUGGGACGUUUCAGUCAGGGGGCACAGCUGGAUGUUUUACCAAGCUGCUGCUGGAUUAGAUACUUUAUUUUACUCUGCUCUACAGAACAAUGAGAGUAAUCAAAUAGUAAACAUUAAGUAGUCAGCGUAUGUGUGUGAGUGGGUGAAUGUUCAUAUACAGUAUGAUCAAGAAACAACCACACUUAUUCAUGUGGCAGAAGAAUGGACCGGACGGAUCAGAAACGCAGCUGCAUAUUU